CCGGACGUGUUAGGAAAGACCGAAGUCGUCAAGAAUACGCUCAAUCCGCAAUGGACCAAGGUUUUUGUUUUCGACUACGAACUCGGUACACCCAUGAAAGUCGCCGUUAGCAUCUUUGACGAAGUCCGUAAGGGUGACAACAAGUCCAUGGGAAGCGCGAUGUUUGAUAUUGGUGAGCUUCUCGGAGCACGGGGUAACACAAAAGCCAAACGGCUCAAAGGCGGAGGGACUCUUUUUGCGCACUUGCGAAAAAGCGAAGGGUCAGGAUUGCUACGACUCAAAAUGAAAGGUAUCAAGCUCAAGAACGUUGAAGGAAUGUUUUCAAAGUCUGAUCCUUUUUUCGAAUUAUCACGGUGUAUCAACAGUGCUGGUGGCGACACAUGGGACAAUGUCUACCGCUCCCAGCCGAUCAAAAACAACCUUUCCCCGGACUGGGAAGAAUCGACUUUACCACUGAGCACUCUCUGCGGAGGAAACAAGGAUCUCCCGAUUCAAGUCUCUGUAUAUGAUUUUGAGGGUAGCGGCAAACACACGAUCAUGGGAAUUUUUGAAACGACUGUGAACGGCCUUGUGAAUGCUUCGACAAACGGCGCAGAGGAUGUGGGCAAAGCUUUCAAUCUACAAAAGAAAGGAAAAGAUUGCGGUAGUGUUGUUAUUCUCAAAGCCGAGCCGUCAGUUUUCGUACCAGGAACACCCUCGUUUGUGGAUUACAUCAGUGGAGGCUGCGAACUUAAUGUUGUUGUCGCUAUUGAUUUCACAGGAUCGAAUGGCGACCCGCGUAAACCUGGUACCCUCCACUACCGUCAUCCAGACGGUUCCCACAACGAUUACGAAAAGGCAAUUGCUUCCAUCGUCAAUAUUCUGGCAAAGUACGAUUCCGACCAAAAGUUCCCUGUCGUCGGCUUUGGUGCCAAGUACAAUGGUGUGGUACGUCAUUGUUUCCAGUGUGGACCAAGCCCUGAGGUUCACGGGGUACAGGGAGUUUUGGAUGCAUAUCAUUCCGUUUUCCAAUCAGGACUCAUUAUGAGCAGCCCGACUACGUUUGUCGAAGCAAUUGAGACAGCUGCCUCUCGGGCUAACGUCACUCAGGAAGCUGCGAAACGCGACGGAAAGCAGGCUUACACAAUUUUGCUCAUCUUGUCCGAUGGUGCUGUGACAGAUGUCCCGUCGACGAAACAAUGUUUGGAACGAGUCAGUGAUUCUCCUUUGUCAGUUGUGAUUGUUGGUGUCGGUAGCGCGGAUUUUACGUCCAUGGAGUUUUUGGAUGAUUCCUCAGGAAAGCGCGAUAUUGCGCAGUUUGUCCAGUAUAACAAGCAUUCCUCCAGUCCGGUGGACCUGACGUCCGUUACACUGAAAGAAAUUCCCGACCAGGUGGUUGGGUAUUUCCAAAGCAAGUGCGUUUCACCC